UUUUUGCCAGAGUUUCAAAUUCGGUCAAAAUUUCAUGGCAAAAAAACUCUGGCAAACUUUUGCCAGAGUUUUUUAAGUUGCCAGAGUUUUUUAAGACUGAAUAAACUUGAACGAGGAUGAACGCCGAUAUCAGCCGAUAUCGCGAUCGGUAUCUGCGGCUGCUGAAAAAAUCAUGGAGACUCCAUAGAACGCAAAACACUACUAGUACUUCUUGUUGGGAAAUUCAUUUACCUCUUUCAUCUCGCGGGAAACCAAUCGAUUCAUCCUCAGGAAUGUCAACUCAGCAUCGUGAAACCUACCACAAUGACAGAGAGAAUGACGGAAAUAAGAUAUCAAUGAAGGGUCCAGGGUUUUGUCUAGAAAUCGAUCCAUCCAGGUUAACAAAUAUUUCCUUUUCAUACCUGAAUCAAAAUGGAAUAAAGAAACAGAUAGUGUUGGAUAUCAGAGACGAAAAAGAGGUCUUGACAGUCGGUGUACAGCCUCAGGACGAAAGAAACAUCGAAGUGGGACUAGGCGCUGCUCUGGAAAGUUCGGGGUCGGAGACACGCGAUGAAGAAAUGUCCGAGAUAGGACCACUGCGAUCUGAUGAAGGGAGGCAAGUUUCUCUGGGAUUGCCAGAGGAGUGAUCACGGAACAUAAUUAGCUUGGAGGGGGAGGGGACAGUGUAGGGGGGGGGGUAG